AUGGCUCUGCUGCGCCGCAUCAAAUGGUUCAACUUUACCAUGCUCAUCACGAUUCCGUUCAUUGCAUUCCUCUGUACCCCCCGCGUGCCACUUCUCCGUCCCACCCUGAUCUGGUCCCUGAUCUACUACAUGAUGACCAUGCUCUCCAUCACCGCCGGCUACCACCGUCUCUGGUCCCACCGGACCUACACCGCACCAUAUCCCCUCCGACUCCUCCUCGCCCUCUUCGGCGCCGGGGCCAUCCAAGGAAGCAUCAAAUUCUGGGCGCGCAACCACCGCGCCCACCACCGCUACACGGACACCCCGUUAGACCCCUACAACAUCAACCAGGGGUUCUUCCACGCGCACAUCCUCUGGACCAUCCUCCACCAACCCUCCCCCUCUACCUCUCCAUCCACCACCCCAACCUCUAAACCCAAACCCAAACUCAACCUCACCGACCUAACCACCGACCCCAUCAUCACCCUCCAACACAAAUACUACCUUCCCCUCUGCCUAACCAUGGGCUGGCUCUUCCCCACCCUCCUCGCCGGACUCACCUGGGGCGACUACCUCGGCGGGUUCCUCUACGCAGGCAUCCUCCGCGCAUUCUUCGUCAACCAGGCUACCUUCUGCGUGAAUUCCCUGGCCCAUUGGAUCGGCGAGCAGCCAUUUGAUGAUCGGCGGUCGGCGCGGGAGUCCAUCCUCACGGCGAUACUGACCCUCGGGGAAGGGUAUCAUAAUUUCCAUCAUGCGUUUCCGGGGGAUUAUCGGUGCGGGAGGGAGUGGUGGGAUGUGGAUGUGACGAAGUGGGUGAUUGCGG